AUGGAUGUUGUUCAAGAAUCUUCAACUUUCCUUUCCAUCACCAAGGAUGCAAAGGUUCUACUAGAUAUGCUUCUAGUGAAAGUGAAGUCUGUUGUUAACAUUGCAAGGGCUAUGAAUAUGCAUUCUGACCUCAUAAAACUAGAGCUUUUUGUUGAAAAAACAGAAAGAGAUGUUACAUUGAGUCAUGAGGUAGCUGAGAUGCUUAAGCUUGCUUGUUAUGAUGCUGAACGAGUCAUUGAUAAGUAUGAAAUUUGGUCUCUCAAAAACCAAUUGCUUCCUAGUUCGACAUCAUCAAAGGUGCGUGGUUUAAUUUUCUCCGGUAGAUUAAACCCUUUUGCUUAUAGAAAUCGAAUGUGUCUUGAAAUUCGAAAGCUCAUAAAGAUAUUGGAUAAGAUAGGAGAUUUUGAAGAAAAGAUUGAACUUGUUGAGUUGGACCACACUAACUGCUACAUUAUUCUACAAUCAGGUUUUGACAGUACACGUACUCGUGUAUCUGUACAUUACUCUGGUGUUGUGGGUAGGGACACUGAUAGACAUACCGUUAUCGAAGAACUUUUAAAUGAAGCAACCCUUUUUGUAUAUCCCAUUGUUGGUGUUGGAGGCAUUGGAAAAACUACUCUUGCAAAAUUUGUGUACAAUGAUCCAAGGAUAGUUAGUCAUUUUCAGCUGCUUUUGUGGGUUCACGUGUCUCGUGUCUUUAAAGUAGAGGAAGUAUUAGAACAAAUUGUGAAUUCAGUUAGAGAAGAUUUAUUAUGUGAGAAACUUGAUAUGAUUGAACUGAAGAAUCUAGUUCAUGAGACUUUGUAUGGAAAGAAUUAUUUGAUUGUGUUAGAUGAUGUGUGGAAUGAGGACCCACUGAAGUGGGAUGAACUGAAGAAGUUGUUGAUGGUGGGUGCUUGUGGAAGUAAGAUUCUUGUAACUACUCGGAAAAAGGAAGUAGCUUCGAUAAUGGGGACGGUUCCUGCAUACUGUUUGAAGGGUUUGUUACGUCAAGAUAGUCUGACUUUGUUCUUGAAUAAGGCAUUUGAACAUGAUCAAGAAGUACUAUAUCCAGAACUUGUUGACAUUGCGCUAAUGUUAGUGCAUAAAUGUGAGGGAAAUCCCUUACUCUUAAUGAUUGUAGGAUCUUCAUUGCGCAAGAAAACUGAGAGAUGGGAGUGGGAGAUAGUUAACAAUCACAGCGGGUGGAACUCAAAUCAGAAUGACGAAAUUUCAUCUGCACUAAGAGUGAGCUAUAAGCAAUUGUCAUCUAAUCUCAAAGUUUGUCUUGCUUACUGCUCAAUAUUUCCCAAGGGUUGUGUGAUUGAAAUAGAUAAACUUAUACAGCUGUGGGUAGCAGAAGGUCUCAUUAGUAAGUCUAAUGAAUCAGAAGAUCUUGAGCACGUUGCAAUUCAACAUUACCGAGAGUUAUUGUCGAGAUCUUUUUUUCAAGACGUUGAAGAAUAUCGUUCCGUUUAUACUUCAAUCUGUACAAUGCAUGACCUUGUACAUGAUCUUGCACUGUCAGCAGCAGGGGUUGAAUUCUGUACAGUAAAUUCUCACAUACAAAACAUUUCUGAUGAGGUCAGACAUGUGGCAUUUUCUGACUAUGAUUUGUCAGGCAAGGAACUGCCAACAUCCCUUGUCAGUAACCAGGCAUUAAGGACUAUAUCCUUCUCCAUCAAUGGAGUAGGGCCGAUGAGUACAAUGUUCGUUGAGGAUUGCAUCGCCAGAUUCAUGCAACUUAGGGUGCUAGAUAUCAGUGAUUCAUGUUUCGAUGAGCUGUCUAGCUCUGUUGGCGAAUUGAAGUAUUUAAGAUAUCUUGAUGUAAGUUCCAAUGGAAGCAUUAAAGAAUUACCUGAUUCGAUUAACAAGUUGCUGAGCUUACAGACACUUCGAGUUUCUCAUUGUCCACAACUUGAAGGGCUGCCUAAAGAUAUUGGAAAUUUGAUCAGCCUAAGACACUUGUUUAUAACCACAAAGCAAGCAUGUUUUCCUGAUAAAGCAAUUGGCUGCUUAUCAUCUCUUCGUUCUUUGUGCAUUCACAGCUGCAACAAUCUCGUAUCUUUGUCUGAAGGUCUGCAAUAUCUGACUAGCCUUCGCACUUUGGCAAUCAUCAGUUGCCCAAGACUGACCUUUUUCCCAAGUGCUAUGAAGCACCUUACUGCUUUAGAGAAUCUGUUGAUUAUUGACUGUAAAGAGCUUACAUUGUUGGAGUGGCAAGAUAUUGAAGGACUUAGGAUGCUUCGGUCAUUGGUUAUCGGAGGCUUACCUGAAUUGGAGUCAAAAGAUGUUCACUGCCUCGGGAACCUUCAGAUGUUGGUACUUGCUGGUUUACCAGAGUUAGUUACUUUGCCACGAUGGCUUGAAGGUUCUAGUGCUACUCUACAAUACCUGAGGGUGGAAAGGUGCCUGAAUUUUGCAGCAUUGCCAAAGUGGCUGGAAAAUCUUACUGCACUUGAAAAACUUGAAAUUUCCAAGUGCCGUAAAUCAUUUUCAUUGCCCAAGGGGAUGAGUUGCCUCACAAACCUGAAGGUACUUAAGAUCGACAACUGA